CCCUAAACCCCUAAAAUUCCCUCCAAAACUCCCCGAUAAGCAUAACUAAAAUUCGAGAAUGGACCACAUAGCUGCAGCAGACGAGCGAAUUGUGAACGAAAGAUUGAGGCAGAAACUUAACGAAGUCAACAGUGCCGCCCAAUCUGAGCUCUCCGGUGUUCAGGACCAUGUCAAUUUUACUCUCCAGCAAGCAUAUUUUAAGUGCGCCUAUGAGUGUUUCGACAGGAGGAGAAAGCAGGAUGAGAUUAGUAAUUGUGUGGAGCACUGCAACGUACCUGUGCUCACUGCCCAGAAUCUUGUCCAAAAUGAGAUGGCUAAAUUUCAGGAAAGAUUGAACAGGUCUCUGAUGGUCUGCCAAGACAAAUUUGAGUCAGCCAAAGUCCAGCAGAACCGAAGUGAUGCCAUGAAGGACUUGGAGUCGUGUGUUGACCACUCUGUUCAAGACAGCAUCAAGACAUUGCCGCAUCUUGUUGGAAGAAUGAAAGCAUCUCUACUCAUCAAAGAUUGAAACCAAGGUUAUUACCGUGUGUUGCAAUAAAUUGCCAUGUCUUCUUGGUUUAUCUUUAUUAAUCAUUAUGAAGUGGUCUAUCUAUCUGCAACCACUCUGAAGCUUUGAUGAGAUGAAGAGCCAUACUAGUUCUCUGUUUCAAGUGAUGAUUUUUUGAGUAAUUAUCUAGUUUCAUAUGAACAUCCAGCAGAGAUUCUUGAAAUAUGUAUUUCGAUUAAAACCCAAUGCAUAUUUGAGAGAGAAUAUGUCCUUGACUGGAGAAAUUUUUUCA